GGCUAGCAAUGCAAAGGAAAAUAAUACUCCUGUGUGACCAGUAUCAUCUCUACAUUCAAUGACAUUCUACAGUGUGACAAUUUAAUGUCUGUUAUGUUUUCUUUUCCAUUGUCAGUUCAUAAAACUUGAAAAAUUAAUGCCUCUUGAUCUAGCCACUGACUGCACAAUAGAAUUUUGAAUGCAGUGUGACACUAAAGUAAAACUCUCAAUUAGAGCUUCAUUGUACAAAAACCACAAUUCUAAAAGCAAAUAGAAAUUGGUGUGAGCAAUGUUGAAGCCAAGUGUAUGACAGCAAACUAAGUUAGCGUCUCUCUUUUAAGGUGACGCAAGCUGGACUGAGGGAGGCGUUGGGGCAAGAAGGUGUUGCUGUUGAUUGGCUUGUGUCGUUCACUCCCACUGGCCUUUAAAUCAUUGUCUUGCUUUCCAAACGUUCAGAUACGUCACCUCUGUGACAGGGGUCUGCCAUCCCAAACAAUUCAUGAAAGACUGCACAGGACUGGAUAAAUAAGUAAGAACAGUGUGUUCUGAACGUCAACACGAAGGGCAAGAGCCUUAAGCUGAAGGGGCUGUGGAUUAUUUACUCUGAAGAAGCUCCUGUGUGGACAGGAAAGCGCUGACAGGUCAAAUGGACCCCAUGGAACUGAGAAAUGUCAACAUCGAGCCUGAGGACGAGAGCAGCAGUGGAGAAAGUAUCCCAGACAGCUACCUGAGGAUGGGGAACUCUGAAAAGGCAGCCAUGAGCAGUCAAUUUGCUAAUGAGGAUGCCGAAAGUCAGAGGUUCCUAACAAAUGGAUUUUUGGGGAAGAAGAAGCUGGCCGAUUACGGGGAUGAACACCACCCUGGAACGACUUCCUUCGGAAUGUCCUCCUUCAACCUGAGUAAUGCCAUCAUGGGCAGUGGGAUCUUGGGCUUGUCCUAUGCCAUGGCCAACACAGGGAUCGUCCUUUUUAUGUAAGUGAACACAUGUGCCUGUGUUUAGUGCCACGUUUGCAUAUAACUUGACAACCUGAUGCAAGUUCUUUGUGAAUGAGGGUAAUCUGAGAAAGUAUUAGUAAAUCACUCUUGCUUUUGUACACACCCACCACUAGAGGAAUAGCUGGUCUAAUCAUGGUGCUUGCUCAUUUGACUGUUUUUAAUCAAAUGGUAGAAUGUUUAUGUAUUCAACCACCAACAUGUUCAUGCAGCCCAUCGAUCCAAAGGAAGAAGAAACCAUUUCCCAGAGUAGCCCAUCACUUGAUGCUCAAAAUAACGUAGUGUUCAGUAAUCAGAAAUAUUUAUCCCCAAAGCAAAUCAAAUUAUUGAAUAAUCUUAGGAAAAAUAACUCAUGUCAUCUAAGAGCCUGCAUGCCCCAAUCCUAUUCUCUGUGCCUCUGGAUACCAGAUACAAUGCACUGGCCUUUCUUUGCACAUGGGCUCAGAGCCCUCUUUCCUGUCUUCAUUUAGUUCACUUCUCAUAGCUCUGUUCAGCCUUACCUUCUGUGACCUCUGUGACAGGGGCUAGUGUAUCAUAGGUGUGCCUCCAUUGUAACACCCUUGUGUGCUUGUCUGGUUUCCUUAGUUAGUGUCUAGCUCCCUUGCUAAACUACAAGACCCAGAGAACUGGCCCCAUUUCUCACCACACACCCUUUCCUAAAUCCUAACACAGUGCCUGCAGGACUGUGGAUGACUGAAGAUUAUUUCCAAACCUCUGUGCUUUCUCCACACUUGGUCCAAGGCUGCCUGAAAGCAGCAGUGUUCCACAGCUGACCUAUAGAAUGGCUGAAUGGGGGCCUCACCUGUGAUGGACAACCACAGAUGUCUGCAUGGUUGCACAGAGUUUGGUAUUUUCCAAGACACACUUCUCAGUAUCUAAUAUGCACAUUAGGUGCCAUAUGAACAUGGAGCCUCGAGAGCUAACUGUCUAAGAAUGCAGCACAUACACUUUCAAUAUGUGCUAUUUGUGUUCCGCUGUUGCAUACGAUUAGCUAAUCACACAGCUAUGUAAGGACUUAGUAUCAGAACUAUAAAUAUUUACCUUGUGUCAAAUGAACUAUUUCAUGAAUUAUAGGCUUUAGCUGAAUGGGUUUUUAUACCAACUUCAAUAAAUUGUUUGAAAUCAAUUAGCUGUUCCCCAUCUGAAUAAUUGGCUCAUAAUGUAUUUGCAUAUCUAUAUGCUUUUGUAAUGAACACAACCUUUAAACCAAAAAGAAUGCUUUCUCAUUAAUCAUUCGUGCCAUUAGAAAUUAAGAAAUUAUCACAGAUCAUUGAUGAGCAGAAACAGGAAACACUUUUCCCCAACCAUGGAGCCAUAGACCACCUUCUGGAGAAGACUGCGGUCCAAAUUUAAAACAAAGGCUUCAUUUCAUUUAGCUGGUUAACUUGACCAGAACCAUCACAUCUCAACACCAUGGGUAUUGCUGUGUGCAUCUCAGAAACAUUCAGUUCUUCCCCUUAGUUUGCAGCAAGUGACAUAGCAUUCCACUGAUUUCACUUUUAGAAUUUGUCUCAUACCAAGCACAUGUUUAAGCUAUAGGAAUGCUCAUUAUUCUUCCAUGAAACAAAACUACAGAAACUGAACUACAUAAUUCUUAAAAAAAAAAAAAACAGGUACAUUCAUACUACAUGGAUGGGUAAGCAUUGCUUAGAUGGUCCAGGAAGACUUGGUUUCUGGAAAAUCAGGACACACAUGGCUAGAGUCUCUAUAAUUGUGUAACCUGUGGUCUGAAUGUACAUAUACAUCUGUGUUCUUGCUGGGAUUAUCAGAUAAACUGUGGAAAGAUGUGUGUUCUCAAGUAAACAAAAGGAAAGAUUGCUUUUUUGGAAUUUCCGAUGUUAGUACUGUUGAUUUAUGACCUAGAUGAUGCUAAUUACAUUUUUUGUUGUUGUUUGGGACAAGGUAUCAUUAUGUAGCUCAUAAUCCUCCUGCCUCAGCUUCUCAAGUGUUGGGAUUACAGGUGUGUGCCACCAUGCCUGGUUCUACCCAUGCUCUUCUUUUUAUUUGGGAGAUAUGCUGAUUGGUACUAACAUAGAAGCCAUUCAUACAUGUGGUUGUAUAGACGGCCCUGAUUAUUAAUGGAUACCCUUUGAAUAUAAGCAAGGAAUUGUCCUGCCAGCUACACUCACCAUCCUCUGCUUUCUUUAUUGUACCUGACCCUCCAGUUAGCAAAGCAUCAUCCUUUCUUAUGUAGUCAAAAAAUAACUGGAGUGUCUAAGCCUAGGUUUUGUCAUGUUCUCAAACAGCCUUUCACAGCUACCUGUUGAUGCAAAUACACCAU